AUGGCUCCUGAAAAUCUCACCCGGGUGACUGAGUUCAUUCUCAUGGGGGUCACAGACCGGCCAGAACUCCAGGUCCCCCUUUUCUUUGUCUUCCUGCUGAUCUAUGGGGUCACUGUGGCCGGAAACCUGGGCAUCAUCACCCUGACCAGUGUGGACGCUCGUCUUCAAACCCCCAUGUACUUUUUCCUGAGGCAUUUGGCUGUCAUCAACUUUGGCAAUUCUACUGUCAUUGCCCCUAAAAUGCUGACCAACUUCUUAGUAAAGGAUAAAACCACUUCUUAUUAUGAAUGUGCCACCCAAAUGGGUGGCUUCCUGUUUUUCAUUGUGUCUGAGGUGUUCAUGCUGGCUGUGAUGGCCUAUGACCGCUACGUGGCCAUUUGCAACCCCCUGCUCUACAUGGUUGUGGUGUCUCGGCAGAUCUGCCUUCUGCUCGUGUCCCUUGCAUACGUCUAUGGCUUGUCUACAGCUAUUGUGGUUCCAUAUUGUGUAUUCUCCAUGACUUACUGUUCUUCCAAUAUCGUCAAUCAUUUUUAUUGUGACAUUGUUCCCCUGCUAGCAUUGUCUUGCUCUGAUACUUACCUCCCAGAAACUGUAGUCUUUAUCUCUGCAGCUACAAAUUUGGUUCUGUCUUUGAUUAUAGUUCUUGUAUCCUAUUUCAACAUUGUCUUGUCCAUUCUCAGGAUACGCUCAGCAGAAGGAAGGAAAAAGGCCUUUUCUACCUGUGCUUCACACAUGAUGGCAGUGACAGUGUUCUAUGGGACACUACUCUUCAUGUAUUUGCAGCCUAAAACGGACCAUUCGUUAGAUACUGAUAAAAUGGCUUCAGUGUUUUAUACACUGGUAAUUCCUAUGCUGAAUCCUAUGAUCUACAGCUUGAGGAACAAGGAUGUGAUAGCUGCUUUCAAGAGAUUCCUGUCAAACCCAUGUGGAUCCUUAAAACCAAUGUAA